AUGGCGAAGGGGGUGUUAUGUUUCCAUGGAAGAGUGUGUAUACCGAAUGAUUCUGGUCUGAGGCAGUCUAUUCUGCGAGAGGCACAUGGUAGCCCUUAUGCCAUGCAUCCUAGUGGGAAUAAGCUAUAUCGACAUCUUUGCGAGAUGUAUUUGUGGCCUGGGUUAAAACGCGAAGUUACCGAUUAUGUGAGGCCGAAGCUAAUUGCUGAUAUAGAAGACAAGGUGAAGCUGAUUCGAGAUCGAUUGAAAGAAGCGUUUGAUAGGCAGAAGUCCUAUACAAACUUAAAGCGUAAAGAGAUCGAGUACUCUGUGGAGGAUUAUGUCUUUCUUAAGCGUGUAGGACUGGUUGCAUAUCAACUUGAGUUGCUUCUGGAGCUAGAAAGAAUUCACGACGUGUUUCACGUUUCAAUGCUUUGGCGGUACCGCUCUGAUCUCUCACACGUCGUACCAGUUGAGGAAAUUCAAGUUAGGCUUGAUCUAACCAUCGAGGAGCAACCAGUGCAGAUGACGUUAAAGUACUAA